GAGCCAAGUCCCGAUUCCGAAACCACUGGCUGUUCCUUUUCGUGCUCAACUUUCGAAGCGGCUAGCCGCACGUUGAUCUAAUCUACGUAGAUCCGGCGAGGACAGAAUCCAAACUUGGAACUAUGGAGCCGGUGGUCGGAGAGCCGAAGGAUGUCACCCAGGCACUUCAAGAAGUGCUGAAGAUCGCCAGUCACCGUCGUGGCCUUGCCAAAGGCUUGCACGAGGUUGCUAAGGUUCUCGGAGAAGGAAGAGCUCACUUGUGCGUCCUUGCUCAAAACUGCGAUGAACCCGCUUACGUGAAACUCGUCGAAGCCCUGUGUGCUGAGCGGGGAAUCAAUCUCUUCCGUGUUGACUCCAACAAGAAACUCGGAGAAUGGGUCGGUCUCUGCAAACUCGACAAGGAGGGAAAGGCCCGGAAGGUUGUUGGCUGCUCGUGCGUUGCUGUGAAGGACUACGGUGAGGAGACUGACGCUCACGAUAUCCUCACCGACUACUUCAAGAAGCAGAAGGCCUAGAACCCAGGCAAUGGCCACGAUGGAUACUUGAGUCGAAAAUAAAGACUUGGGCGCGUGCAUCCAUCCA